CAAUAUUCAAUACAGUUCCUUUGCUUUCUCUCUCUUUCUUGUCCACCAUCUCUCUUUCUUCUCAUUUGAUUCCUCUUCCUCCAUUAUUUCUUUUUCCAGAUCCAGUUUAUUCUUAUGGUCUACAUUUACAUUUGAGGAUAGCCGUGAGCUGCUCGAUGUGGUGUCGAUGUUUCCGUUAAAGUUGUUGGCCGGAUCGGAGAAGUGAGUGGAGGUUUAAAUGGUGGUUGUGCGUUGCUUCAUAGUUGCAAGGUGUGUGGCUUGUUUCAAUGUUUCAUUCCUAUGUUGGUUUUGUUUGAGGUAAGUUGUUUCAAUGUUUUGUUUUCUAUGUGUUCAACUUUGUUUGAGUGUUCUUGUAGUUGUUUUGUGUGUCUUAUGUAUCUGCAUUUGUUUUGUUUUCAUGUAAGAUAUUUUCGUGUGUUACUACUCUUCCAAGAAUAAACUCUUUUAGUCUUUAGGAAUAGGUUGUUUUUUGUUUUUACUACUAUAUGAAUAAGCUGUUUUGGGUGUUUUUAUGGUCUGUUUUGUGUGGUUGUAUGCAUAUGUUUUGAGUCUUUCAAUCUUGCUUACAAAGUGUUCGAUGCAAUUCCUCCGUCGGUUUCUUGAUUCUUUCUCUUCUGUUUUCUUUGAUUUUUCGCUAUAGCAUUUUUAUGUUUAAUUUCUGCUGAGCCUUUGAUUGUAGCUUAUGAACCAGUAAUUAAUUAUUGUGUUGGGGUUAUUUUGAAUUCACAUCUACUGCUUCCUUUAUCCUAUGUUACUACUCUGGCUCAAACUGCUCGCAGUUAUCCAUCUGUAUAGAUGCAAAGAAUUGAAUGAGUUCCAAGCAGAGAUUUCUGUUCUUACUAAGGUUAGGCAUAGACAUUUGGUCGCCCUUUUGGGAUAUUGCAUCAAUGGCAAUGAGAGGCUUUUGGUAUAUGAGCAUAUGCCUCAAGGUACACUAACGCAUCAUCUGUUUGAAUGUGAGGAAAAUGGUUACACUCCUUUGACAUGGAAACAAAGGUUGGCAAUAGCUUUGGAUGUUGGACGGGGGAUCGAAUACUUGCACAACUUAGCUCAACAAAGCUUCAUUCAUAGAGACUUAAAACCAUCAAAUAUACUAUUAGGCAAUGACAUGAGAGCAAAAGUUGCAGAUUUUGGGUUGGUUAAAAACGCACCUGACGGGAAUUAUUCUCUUGAGACAAGGUUGGCCGGAACAUUUGGAUAUCUUGCACCCGAGUACGCAGCUACCGGAAGAGUGACAACCAAAGUGGAGGUUUACGCAUUCGGAGUAGUUUUGAUGGAACUGAUCACAGGUAAAAAGGCAUUGGACGACUCUGUGCCUGAUGAAAGGUCUCAUUUGGUUACAUGGUUCCGAAGGGUACUCAUUAACAAGGAAAACGUUCCAAAGACAAUUGAUCAAACUCUCAACCCAGAUGAGGAAACAAUGUUGAGCAUAUAUAAAAUGGCUGAGCUGGCCGGCCAUUGCACCGCCCGUGAACCAUAUCAAAGGCCAGAUAUGGGGCACCCAGUUAAUGUGUUGGUUCCCCUUGUGGAGCAAUGGAAACCUUCUAUCGAUACAGACGAAAGUGGUUAUGGCGUUGAGUUGAAUCUUCCUCGAGCACUGCAAAGGUGGCAAGACAAUGAAGGCACUUCAACAUCAAUGUUUAAUGACUUGUCCAUAUUUAAUCAAGACAUAUAUUUCUCUUAUUCACAUUAAUAACAUAUAUUUCUAAAUUAUUACAUCAAUAAUAUAUAGCUCACU